AUGUUCAAGUGCAAGCUGGGAUGGAGCGAAGAGCGCGUAAGCAGAAUCUGCCUCGGAACAAUGACCUUCGGCGUGCAGAACAGCGAGGAGGAGUCGCACGCAAUUCUCGACUACUACGUGGGAAGGGGAGGGAACUUCAUCGACACAGCUGAGAUGUAUCCAGCUCCUGCCUCUGAUCCUCGCUGGAAACCAGGCGCUUCAGAGGAGAUCAUUGGACGUUGGCUGGCCAAGAAACCUGAGAUGAGAUCCAAAGUUUUCAUCGCCACCAAGGUAGCAGGCUUCAGUCCAAGCUCUGAAACUGCCGGGAACAGGAAGGUGACUCUGGGCACGGGUGGGGGGAUCGGGGAGAACGGGAAGCCCACGCCAGCCCCUGCAAGGCUCGAUGCUGCUUCGAUCAUCGAGGCUUGCAAUGCUUCGCUGAAGCGAUUGCAGACAGAUUACAUCGACCUCUACCAGAUCCACUGGCCUGAUCGUUAUGCUCCUUUGUUUGGGAGCUUGUGUUACAAUCCACAGAAAGAGAGGCCUGAUAGCAUUCCAAUCGCAGAGCAGGUGGCUGCCGUGAAGCAACUGAUCGACUCAGGAAAGAUUCGAUACUAUGGCCUGUCCAAUGAAACCACCUUUGGCGUUUGUCAGUGGGUGCAGGCAGCGGACAAGAUCGGCUGCCCGAGACCUAUCUCGAUUCAGAAUCAGUUUUCGCUUCUGUACCGCCCGUUUGAAGGAGAGCUUGCCGAGGCCUGUGCACCCUCGAACUACAACAUCGGCCUCUUGGCCUGGACUCCUCUCGCUGGAGGCAUGCUGACCAACAAGUACUUCAAUGAGGAUGGCCGGCUGAAAGAUAAAAGCAGCUUUCCUGAGAAGUGCCGACACACCAUGUACCAGAAUUGGAUGGUUCGCUUCUUGACGCCAAACGCAACCAAGGCGUGCGAGAGGUAUGCUGUAAUCGCCAAAAACGCAGGAAUGUCUAUGGCGACGCUUGCACUUAAAUUCUGUGUGAGCCGUUGGUUCGUGGCGUCGACCAUCAUUGGGGCUACAACGGUGGAGCAGUUGAAGGAGAACAUGGAUGCAUUCGAGGAGGCCUCUGCCCAGCUGCCAGAAGAGGUGUUGAAGCAGAUCGACGAGGUGCACUCGGACUGUCAAAACCCAACCAUCGCCAUUGAGACCAUGCCGUACAUGCUGAACCUCAACUCGUAGUUGAAUUUGGAAUGGAAUUUCAAGCAGUGUCUUUGUAGUAGCAAUUGUUCCAAUCACAUAUGAAUUAUUCCAAUCAUCACGCAUUUCUAGAUGUGUGUUCACGUAAACAGAUGUGGAACUUUGAACUAUUUAUUUACAUAAAAUACAAGGACAACAC